AUAUUAACUAUAUUAUACAGAAAAAUAAUGCAAAUAAUAACAAAUAACACAGUAAAGACAUGCCGGUUGUCAAAAAUAAUUGUAAAUUAUAUAAAUUAGAAUAUUAAAAUGAACAAAAAAACUACAGUAUUAUAUUUAGUACUUAAUAUAUUAUUUUCAAUAAUAAUUGUACUGUUAAAUAAAUGGGUGUAUUAUAAUAUGGGUUUUCCAAACAUAACUCUCUCAAUGAUACAUUUUAUAGUAACAUUUAUUGGAUUGAUAAUAUGUGAAAAAUUAGAUGUAUUUUGUAUAAAAGAUGUUGCGAUUAAAGAAAUGUUAUUUAUUGCAAUGACAUUUUGUGGUUUUGUUGUGUUGACGAAUUUAAGUUUGGCACACAAUACCGUUGGAACUUAUCAGAUAGCUAAAAUGUUGACAACACCAUGUGUCAUUAUUAUACAAAUGUCAUUUUACAAUAAGCACUUCAGUAUUCCAGUUAAAUUAACACUGAUUCCAAUUGUAUUUGGAGUUAUUAUUAAUUUUUAUUAUGACAUAAAAUUCAAUAUUUUAGGAACUAUUUAUGCGGCUCUUGGAGUACUUGUUACAUCUGUAUAUCAAGUGUGGAUUAAUCAAAAACAAAAAGAAUUACAAAUGGAUCCUAUGCAACUUUUAUAUUAUCAAGCACCUUUAUCAGCUAUAAUGCUUUUAUUUAUUGUACCAAUUGCUGAACCUAUUGGAAAUACUUUAAGUCACAGUUGGACUAUUUUUGAUAUUAUGAUGGUAUUUUUUUCUAGUAUAAUUGCAUUUUUUGUAAAUCUUACGUCUUAUUGGAUUAUUGGAAAGACAUCACCAUUGACAUACAAUAUGGUUGGUCAUUGUAAAUUAUGUUUAAUAUUAUUGGCUGGUUCUAUUUUAUUUGAAGAGUCAUUAGCGUUAAAUCAAGCUAUUGGAAUAAUGUUGACAUUAGGAGGAAUUAUUUCUUAUACUCAUGUGAAGAUGAAAGACAAUCAGUCAAUAGCAGAGUCACAAAUUGAAGAAGGGAAACCUUUUGUACAUAAAAUAUAAUCAAAAUUAACUUAGUACUCAAGUGGAAUCCUCAUAAAAUUGUCAGGGCAGUCAGUGAAUUUAUGACAGUAAAGUUGGCGGACAUUUGACUAUUUUAAAAAUUUUUAAAUAAUAAAAUGAAAUUAUUUAAACAAAAAAAUUAAAAAAUGGACUCUUAGAAAAUUCUACAAUCAGUACAUGCAUUUUUUUUUAAUUUUAUUAAUUUAAUUGUUUAAUUUUUUUAUAUGUAAUUUGAAAAUAGUCUUAUGUGUACUACAUUUACACUUAUAGUGAAUUUUACAAUUUUUGUUUUUUUAUAGAUCAUAAAGUUAACAGACUUUCGGAGUUUUUUUUCGACAAAUGACAAAAAUACAAAAUAUUAAGUUAUGCAGAUGUAGAAAAUUUAAAAAACUAUAGGCGUAAUUUUUUCAAAUAUUUUUUUUUUUAUAAUUUUUCAUUCUAAAAAAAAAAUUCGAAAAUUAUUAGACGUCGGCUGAUUUUAGUAUCAUUUUUUUUAAAUUGAUAGGACGAUAAUAAAAAUUCUCAUAUUCUUAAAACCCAUAUAUUUACUAUAUUUUUUAAAAAUAUUUUUCGGGCCGUUUCAUAAAAACACUGCCUUGAAAAUCGUAAAUAAAAAUUCAAAGAAAUGCGAUAAAAAAUCUUAGCAAAUUUAAAAAAAUACCAUUGAUUAUGACAAGUCUAUAUCAAAAUAUAAAUAUUUAUAAAUAUAUACAUAUAUGUUAUUUGUUUAAUUGUAAGUAAAUAUUUUUCAUUGCAGCCGAAUAAGAUCUUUAUUGCAACAAGUGUAAAUAUACAACAUUUUGUUUAUACAAAAAUGUAAUAAAUUUUUUUUCAAUUGUACAAAACUUUUAAAAAUAUACAU